CUGCUACUAUGUACAGAACAUGGAACUGGUGUAUAAUCUGGCAGACAGAGCGAAACUGUGUACGAAUGUAAGAACUUUGUUUUUAAAGUAAACAUCAUAUUUGACGUUUUCGUUGCGGUGACGAGUAUGCGUCGUCGUGAUGGGUCAAUUUCCAAAGCCUGUGUUCGAAGCUGUCCAGAUUUCUGAUGUCGCGAGAAAUAGACGUGAAUGGUGUGAAACCAAAAGAAUCCUCGGAUGCACAAAUAGAUGACAAUUUCGCGAAUCAAAAAUACGGCGAUUAUGUUAAAUUUUUAGAGCUUGUAGGCAAAACGAAGCACAUCAAAAGGACUGGAUGGGUGCUGCGAAAUGUGUCCGAGUGCGAGACAAUAUCCGGCCAUAUGUAUCGAAUGGGAAUGAUGUCAUUUUUACUCGAUAGCAAUCAAGCAAUUGAUCGAAUACGAGUAAUGGAACUAGCGUUAGUUCAUGACCUCGCUGAAAGCAUUGUUGGGGACAUUACACCUUAUUGCGGUAUUUCUCGGGAGGAAAAGCUAUUGCGCGAGUUCGCGGCAAUGUCGGAAAUCGCCGAACUUCUUGGGCCAACAAAAGAAAAACUCCUGGAGCUAUUUAAUGAAUACGAGGAGGGAAAAACAGCUGAGGCUAAAUUCGUCAAGGAUCUGGAUCGCCUCGACAUGAUUAUGCAGGCAUUCGAGUAUGAAAAACGAGAUAAUUGUCCUAUGAAGCACCAAGAGUUUUUCGAUUCGACGGAAGGCAAAUUUUCUCAUCCAAUGGUGAUCAAAAUUGUGAAAGAAAUUAACGUCCAAAGAGAAAAUUUUGCCCAGAAUAAUGCUGAAAGUGGUGGCAGUUCUUGUGAAGUGGCCAGCGGCAACGGGAGCAGAUGAUUUUGACGUUGGAAAAUUCUCCGCUUGCUGCAGUUUUGAGUGUUCCAUUGAAUUUGAUCUCAAUUUUAAUAAUUGCACAUAGUAUCAGUGAUGAUAUGAGAUAUGACUAAACAAAUACAAAAUAUUUCAAAUACAGGAUGAUUUAUUUAUUAGUUAACAAUAAAUAAUUUUACUAGAUAAUUAUUUAGUUUAGAUUUUCUCGUGGUGUUAUAUAAUUGGAUUAUUAGACAAGAAUAUCGAUAGCAUACAAUUAUUGUUAGCUGCAACGAAUCUAAAAUAAUAGACUAGUGUCGAUAACACAAUGGUGAUCUUUUUUUCUGUUUCUAACUUGUAUGAAAGUCUAUAAACCACUAUUAUUUCAAUUGAAAAAUAAAAUAGCUCAGCUGGAACAUUUUUCCCUAUC